GUUCUACGAGAGAACAAGAAAGAAUUUUUACGAACACAAUCAAAGAACAUAAAAACGGAUAUAUUACCGUUCCAAACACAGUCAUAUUCGAUGUGCACAUGAUCAGCACCCUUCAUGCAUGGAAAACGAAACCCGGUCAUUAUCCGACUGAGAUUGAGCUUGUAAUACUUCCCGAGCUGCGCAGAGAAGACACAAUUGUUGGAUAA